UAAAGAUGAAUGCUGAGAAAGAUGUGGCAUAUUUAUUCGAUUUCACUAAAGAAGUAAAACAAUUUUAUGAAAACCCCGUUAUAUUUUUAGUGAGAAAAGAUUACACUAAUAUAAUAUUUAAUACUAUGUGUAAUAUGAGAUCAGCUAUUCAUGAUGCUAAUAAAAAUCGUAUUAUAGAUAUGAUUGUUGAUUUUCAUCUACAUUGGUUGCACUCUGUUUAUGAAUUAGAACAAUAUAAAAGUAAAUUAACUUACGAAAUAAACAGGGAUGAAAUAUCUAACAUGAUAAAUUUCACUAUUGAAUGUAUGGAAUUCAGGCUGAAAAAAUACAUUAAGUACAUGGAAACACAUAAAGUAGGUCUGUCUUCUGAUGUUCAAGCUAAUAUACAUUCUGACAUUGAAAUUGUUGAGGAAAUGCAUAAAGAAGUAACUGAUAUCCUUUUAGACAAGUUGCAAAAAUAUAAAAAGUAUACUAUUGAAGAAUGUUUUGGUAAAAUUGGUCAAGAAGUUGAUGAAAUCUUCAUAUAUGUUGAUAAAAUACAUGAUGGACUAUCAAUACUAUUAAGUAAAUAUUUAAAUAUGAACGUCCCACAUUUAUCUGGAGAUUUGACUAAAACACUACAACAAAUUAUCGACGAAAUGCAGACAUCAAACAAACCAGCUUGUAAAAAAUUCAUACAAGAGCUAAAAGUGAAGGGCAAGGAGCUAAAUUCUAUGAUUCGCGGUACAGCUGCCCGUAAUCUUGAGAUAAGCAAAGUGGUUGAAAAAAUUAAUGUCCUUGAAGAACGAAUAAAACGUCUACAAACUGAGCCAUCUUCAGCUGGGCUAAUGGCUUUAGUACACAAAAAAGAAUAUUUAGAGCAAAGGUUAAAUUCUUUAGAAAACCUUAAGAUUACUAUAAAACAAAUGCAUGAAAUGACUGAUACUGAACUUGAAGAUAUAGCUGAAGAAGAUUUAUGUGUAUGUGAAGAUUUUUUUCAACUUCGAAUUUUCAAUCAUAAUCUUCCAAUAGAAGAAAGGGAUCGGUUAGUUACUGAACUUUGUUCUUUAUGGGAUUUAGCUGUUUUUGGAGAAAGGAGUCGUAAAUCUAUAAUCUCAAUUCUAAGUGCUGCUGAUAUGAGAGAGGAAUAUGCAGAUGAGUUAGGAACUUUUUUCAUCGAUGGACAUAGCCGUAAAAUAUACAAAUUUCCUGAUGAUGAUGUUUUAUAUCAGCCAAAUGAACAAAAUGAAUUGGUACCACUCUCGGAUGAUGCUGAACAUGUUUAUUUUUUUGAUGAAUGUGGGCGGUAUUUCAUUGAUCCUCAAACAAGACAAAGAAUUUAUAAGGCUCAUGCAACUGCGAGUGAAUAUAUGAUGGAUUCUUCAGGCGUUCUUCUAAAAUUAAAGGAAGAAAGGGAUGGUGUUGCCUAUUAUUAUGAUAAUUAUGGCCGUUAUUAUAUAAACGGUGAAGGUAAACACAUAUACAGAGAUGUAGAUGCUGUUAGUGAAUAUGAAAAUGAUGGACUUGGCAAUUUAGUACGUAUUCGUAGUCAAUUGGAUUUAUUUCAACCAUGUCCUGAUGAUGCUAACGUAAGUGAUGAUUUUAAGUAUUUAAAACGAGCUGUUGGGCCUGCUUUACGUGAAUCUAUAGCCGAUUGCAUUCUUCGCCAACCAGCAGAUCCAAUAAAAUUUUUGUCGUCGCGAUUACUUAAGUACAGGGAGAAUUUAGAAAUGAAGGAAAAGCGUGCUCGAGAACAAGAAGCAUUGAUGGUUGAAAGAGAGAUUAGAAUUGCAGAGGAAAGAGCUGCUGCUGAAAGGGCAGCAUUAGAAGCCGCUUUACUUGCGCAGGGAGGAAGUGAAGCCAGCUAUGACUCAAAUUUGAUUAGAUACCAGCAUGAAGAUGGUGCAGCAUCUAUCGGGGCCAGUUCUAAAUAAUCUAAUAAUUUUCAUUUAUGAAUUCGUAAAAAAGGUUAUUUUUUAUUUUAAAAUUAUUAUUAUUUUAAAGUUUGAUUUUUCUAUUUUUGUGAUUAACUUCACUAAUUUAUCUGCUUACACAUAUUCAAAAUAUAUUUCUCUUCAUUACAUUGAA